GCGGGAACAGAUUUAUCAUUUUCUUUAGAUAAUUUUGUGGAAGCAAAUUCAAGAACCCUAGCUCCCCCUCUCCCUCUCUGUAACACCGGCGGCACCAUGGUUGGAGCUCCGAUCGACGACGGCUUUCCGGCCGAGAGGCUUUUUAACCAGGGCUACUCCUACACCUACGACGAUGUCAUCUUCCUCCCCCACUACAUCGACUUCCCCGCCGACGCCGUCCAGCUGUCCACUAAGCUCAGCCGCAACCUCCGCCUCUCCAUCCCUUGCGUCUCCUCCCCCAUGGACACCGUCACUGAGACUGCCAUGGCCGUCUCCAUGGCCGCUUUCGGCGGCAUUGGCAUCGUCCACUCCAACAACGCCGCCUCCCGCCAGGCCUCCAUCGUCCGCGCUGCCAAGUCUCACCGCCUCCCCUUACACUCCGAUCUCGUUUUCAAAUCGCCUUCCGAUUCCGUCAAUUCACUCGAUGAAUUUGGUUCGUCGCCCUGCGUUCUGGUUACCGAGUCCGGAACCAGCAAGUCCAAGCUCUUAGGCGUGGUCGCCAAGUCCGAUUGGGAGUUCUUGACUGACAAAGACGCCAGGGUUUCUGAUUACAUGCUCAAAUCGCUGGUUUCGGCGUCCUCGAACUACCAUUUCGAGGAAGUUGCCGCGUAUUUGGCGGCGAAAGAUCUCGAAUUUGUGCCUUUGGUGAAUGAUGAAGACGGAGGGGAAGUGGUGAAUUUGGUAACUGCAGAGGAUGUGAAGAGAAUUCGGGGGUUUCCAAAGCUGGGGGCGCCAUCUAUUGGGCCUGACGGGAAAUUCUUGGUCGGGGCGGCCAUUGGGACGCGGGAAACGGAUAAAGAAAGGUUGGAGCAUUUGGUGAAGGCUGGGGUGAAUGUGGUGGUAGUGGAUAGUUCUCAAGGAAAUUCAAUAUACGAAAUGGAAAUGAUCAAGUACAUGAAGAAGACGUAUCCAGAGUUGGAUGUGAUUGGCGGGAAUGUUGUGACCAAAUAUCAGGCGCAGAAUUUGAUUCAGGCUGGAGUUGAUGGGUUGAGAGUUGGGAUGGGGUCUGGCUCCAUUUGCACCACGCAAGAGGUUUGUGCUGUGGGCCGAGGACAGGCAACUGCAGUGUACAAGGUUUCAUCUAUUGCUGAAGAAAGUGGUGUGCCUGUCAUUGCCGAUGGGGGCAUUUCAAAUUCUGGACAUAUUGUCAAGGCUUUGGUCCUUGGUGCUUCAACAGUAAUGAUGGGAAGCUUUUUGGCUGGAAGUAAUGAAGCUCCUGGAGCUUACGAGUAUCAGGGCAAUUGCCGUGUAAAAAAAUACCGAGGCAUGGGCUCUUUGGAAGCAAUGACACAAGGGAGCGAUGCACGAUACUUGGGUGAUACGGCUAAACUAAAGAUAGCUCAGGGGGUUGUCGGAGCAGUUGCAGACAAAGGUUCUGUUCUGAAAUUUCUUCCUUACACCAUACAAGCAGUUAAACAAGGUUUCCAGGACCUCGGUGCCUCCUCAAUGCAGUCUGCUCAUGACCUAUUAAGAUCAUCAGUACUUAGGCUAGAGGUCCGGACUGGAGCAGCACAAGUUGAAGGUGGAGUUCAUGGGCUGGUUUCUUAUGAGAAGAGAUCGUUUUGAGAUCCAGAGCCCUCGUCAACAAUUGCUGCUACAAGGGAAUACUCUUUUCUGGGCCUUUAGUAAUAUCAAUUUUGAAUAUGGUGUUGGGGGCAACGAGGCCGGCCGGCGGUGGCACGUUUGGUCGGAAAGGCACAUAGAGCACUUCUCCAUGUUAUGACUUUAAAUAUAAGGAUUUUGUAUUACUCUAUAAAGACUAUUUAAGUUGUUGCUUCAAAAAUACAAAAAAAAAAAAAAAAAAAAGAUCCCUCCUGCUGUGUUGCAUAAUGUGUUUGUUUAUGAAGGGCAAAAGUUGCAGCCCAACAGAGAUUCAACUCAGAAGUGGCUGAACUGGAAGCUUGAAAUGACACCACUUUCUUCACAUCCUCACUCAUUUUUGCUUCCAUUUCUUAGAUUCGAAGGGUUCGGGGAGAGAGAGAUUGUAAGUGAAGAACGCGACGAAGGUGGUGUGGUUGAUGAAAGAAGGAAGGAAGAAAGACAGCAUGCCGCCGCAACUUCCACUGUUCAUAUUUUAAGGAAGUUGCUGUUUCUCUUAUCCUCAAGCGGCCCAGAAAUUAUGGUUUUUUACUUUAGUCUGAAGUACAAAAAAGUUGUAAAUAUUCCAUCUUCCAAACCACAAGAAAGGAGUAGAAUAGAAAGGUAAUCCUCAGCAUAAUAACCAACCACCGAUGCAUCUAUCCACAAGCAAAAUUACUAAUGAAAGCAAUCAUUCAUGCCUUUGUUCAGUCUGACAAUUUUGGGCAACAUGAAAUUGACUUGGUACUAAUGUCGAGCUCUGAUUUUGGUCAUGUGGAGACCAUGUCAUUUCCAUGUAGCAUUGUCAAGUUGUCAAUUCCCUGUUCUACAGCUCAAUAUUU